CGGUAAUCUAUUUUUCUCGUCUAUUGGUAGAGGAGGAGUGGUAGGCAUUGCCCUUAACUGUUUAACUGAUGACAGGGCAGUUUUAUUUUUUCCCCUCUCGGUAACUUGGAUUGUGUGGAAGUGUUAACUGGUCCCAGAACAGUUUUAAGAGAGGCAACCAAUUUGACCCGACUAUCACAUGCACACAGCACUUUCAGCCGCCGGCAGCAUCAGAAACAACAUGAUCCAUCUACUAAACGACAGUUAGAGCGACAGAGACAAAACCGGAACUAGGAAGCAAAUGAGCUCCUUAGAAGAGGACAUCGGAAUUAUUAUUUAUUAAUGUUGUUGAGACUUGUCCAAAUAGCCAGGCAACCAUGGUAACACCAGUGCAACUUUUUAUCACAUUUGUCCUUCUCGUGUUGAGUUUGGCAGACGAUGUUAAACUAAAACACAAACCAGCCUCAAAACCUGUCCGACUGUUCACAGAGGAAGAUUUAAAAAGGCACGAUGGGAGUGAGGAAGGGCAUCCCAUUUACAUGGCCAUAAAAGGAGUGGUGUUUGAUGUAACCAAGGGGAAAGAGUUCUAUGGGAAAGAUGGACCAUACAAUGUCUUGGUUGGAAAGGACUGCACAAGGGCUGUGGCCAAAAUGUCCCUUGAGCCAGCUGAUCUGACUUCUGACACUACGGGCCUUACUGAAGAGCAGCUCCAAUCCCUUGAGAGUGUAUUUGAGGGCACGUACAAGACAAAGUACCCUAUUGUAGGCUACACCGCCGUACGCAUCCUCAACCAGGAUGGUAGCCCCAAUGAGGACUUCAAACCUGAAGACCAACCUCACUUUAACAUGAGAGACGAGUUCUAAACCAAAGGACUUUUUUUGGGCACUUUUAUUUUUUUUAUUUUUUUGUUGUUGCUCUGAUAUAUUUUGGUACGCCAAAACCUUUUGAGACCAUAAAGAUUAAAUACAGUGUGAUCCUCAAUUUGCUCAUGAUUGCAUACAUUAAGCUCAUGAUUGAAAAAUGAUUAUGAAUUCCCAGUCAGAUCAAUUUGAUAGGACUGCAUGUCUGGAUGUUCUCUGAUGAAGCCCAAUAAAGGGUGGCCUUACCAAGGGAUAAGCAGCCAUGUGUUUCAGCUGUAUUUUCUUUACUUUUAUUUGGAGACCAUAUUUAUAUCUUUAAAAAAGAGAUGUACUUUAAGAUAUCAUUUUAUGUUGACGUCAAUAAAAACAUGGAAUGUUUGUUA